CGCCACCCAGCUGCCUGGAAAUCAAUAGAGACUGGAGAGAAGGGACAUUCGGACUGGGGCAAGCCCAGGGAAAACGUUCGCCAGCAAAGAAACGCAAACAACCACGUUUCUCCCUCCCCGUCCCCCUCCCCGUUUCCUACCCCCAUCCAGUACAGAAAGAGACAACGUUAACCUGCUCCCCCGCCCCUACCCCUUCCCCUCUUCCCCCUCCCUUCCCUUUCUCCCUUCCCUCCCUCCCUCCCUUUCUCCCUCCUUCCCUCUAACACCUUCCACCUAGACCAUCUCUAAAGGGACUUCUUGAUUUCCUCCUAUUUCUUAUGAACCCAGGAUGGGUAGCAAAGAAGACCCUGGCAAAUGUUGUCCAGCCACCGCCCCCAUCUCCAGCUUCACCAUCCAGUCCAUUCUGGGCAGCGGGCCCUCUGAGGAGCCCAGGGAGAUCGGGGCCAAGGGCGCCGCGGGCUGGGCGAACAGGAAAAGGAAUCUGUCGGUAUCCUCCGAGGAAGAGGAGGCGGAUGACGGCUGGAAACAUUCUGGCUGUUACUGCCCGGACUCGCAUGGCCCGAAGGAGUCGGGACACAAGCACCAUCAGCCCCUCACUCUAACUUGUCUCAGUAACCCAAAGACCAGCGGAGGAGCUGGCUCAGUGAGUUCUGACCGGACGCCUUUCCUCUCUCAACCCCAACAAGACUUUAAGGAAGAGAAAGAGAAACACUUUCAUCCCGGGUCACCUUCGCCUGGAGCGGAGCGGCCGCGGGAUACCGGAGAUCGGCAGGCUGGAUCCGCCAAGAAGAAGACCCGCACGGUCUUCUCCCGAAGUCAAGUGUACCAGCUUGAGUCUACAUUCGAUAUGAAGCGCUACCUGAGCAGUUCAGAACGGGCUUGCCUAGCUUCCAGCCUGCAGCUCACCGAAACGCAGGUGAAGACUUGGUUCCAGAAUCGGCGGAACAAAUGGAAGAGGCAGCUCUCUGCAGAACUGGAGGCAGCUAACAUGGCCCAUGCCUCUGCCCAAACUCUGGUGGGGAUGCCACUGGUGUUUAGAGACAAUUCCCUCCUGCGGGUCCCUGUGCCCCGAUCGAUAGCCUUCCCGGCCCCUUUGUACUAUCCGGGGAGCAAUCUGUCAGCCUUACCUCUCUAUAAUUUGUACAACAAGAUUGACUACUGACCAAACUGAACUCCAACGGACCUGAACUACCCCUUGUAGAUAUCAAACCUUUCUCCAACCCUUUUCCUUUGCUGUUGAAACGGACCUCUGAAACUGACGAAUUUCCCCAUUUGUAUAGUAAUGAAGGCACUGUGCUUCUCUAAAUAUUAAGAAAUACACCAUGUGUAUUAAUUAUUUCUUAUUUAUGAAUUUCCCCCUUAUUUUUGCUUGAUUAUGAUGGGGUAUUCAAGGUGCUUCUUAUGCUGGAUCGCCUGCUUUCUACCCAUUUUUUUUUUUAAUAUUAAGGUUUUCUUUGGGAGGGAAGGAAGAAACUUCCCUAGUCUGGGCAAAAAAAAAAAAUGUUCAGAUCUGCUUCGGCAGGUUAAAAGAAAGUUGGAAGAGAAAAAUCAUUAAAGAUUUUAUAUACAUAUAUCUAUAGUCUAUAUAAAAACAUUCAUAUAGAUAUAUAGAUAUAGAUAACGUCUCCAAGCAGGACACUUGUUGGCUUUGGCCUAUUGUAUAGCUUCUUUUUCUAUUUCCUCUCAUCCAGGGAUGAGUAGGUACGAAAAAGGAUUUCAGAUCUGUAAAUAUUUUUUAAAAAAGAAGGCAAAGACAAAUAAAACAUUUCAAAUACCGUUU